CUUAUAUAUGAAUUGAUGGAUAAAAUUAUAUGUCCUGUCAGUGUAUUUUUACUUGUGAUUACUUCCGCCAACAAAUCAGAAAGAGUUUAUGAUUUUAUCACUGAACAAGAUGUGAAGGGAUAUUCGAUACAAGAGACUAUUGGAUUUCGAACAUUUCAACAGAUGAGUAAUCCACAAUACAGAGAAUAUGAAAAUGGUUUCCCACCUGGUAUUUAUGGGUCUUCUAUUAUACCUACUACUAUAUGGUAUCAUUACUGGAGUCGGGAUACUUAUGAAGAUAUGUUUCCCCAUAAUGGGAAUAUGUACUUAGCUGAUGUGAAUUGGCCUCACAUAGUCACAUUAUGUGAUGAAACCAAACAUCCAAGAUGUUCAUGGGCUUAUUUUUUAGCAUUGAUGCAACCUACUUCUCAUAAUCCACACUUGCUAAAACAAAUAUUCGGUGAAGAGUUUGAGAGAUUAUCAAAUAAACACUUCAUUACACCAAUUAUACGUGGUGGAUGUUAUCGUUUAAGGACAAUAGAUCAAAUGAGUUUAAUAUACAUAUAUACCAUAUGCCAUCUUUAUGGUGAGGUAAAGGAAGCUAUUCCUGACUUAGAAGUAUGUCCAAAUCCAUGUAAGCGAAGACCAUGUCAUUAUAUUCAAAAUGCAGUUGGUGGUUCUUGUAAACGUCGUGGCUAUCAUAAAGAUGAUUAUGAAUGUUUAUGUGAAUCAGGAUACAAAUGGGAAAAGGACCUAUUAUUGUGUACCAUAAUUGAUACAUGCAAAUUGUUUUGUAAUCAUGAGACAACUGAAUCUUGUUUUCUUAAUCAAACAACAGGUGUAGCUACAUGUAUUUGUAAAACUGGUUACACCGGAUAUGAUUGUAAUCAACCAUUCGACGCUUGCAUAUUUGAUACAACUUUGAAAAUGAAUCCGUUAGACGCUAGUCCAUAUAUACCAUCAGGAUAUGAAGCAUGUGGAGUUCUGUUAAAUCCAACUAAUAAAUGCAAUUCAAUGAAUGAUAUGUUAACUUACAAUUGUACGUGCAGUAUAGGAUAUACAAGAGAUUUGUCUUUACCAUAUGAUAACUGUUUGAAACAAAAAGAUGGAUGUGAUACACGCUUAUGUUUGCAUGGUGAAUGUAUAAGUUCAAAAGAUCUUACUAACAGUGUCUGUGAUUGUGAGGAAGGAUAUAGAGGUGAAAAAUGUGAUAUACCUAGAAGUAUUUGGUCACAUUGGUCAGAGUGGACAUUUUGUGAACAGGAUUCCGGAUCUACUGGACAGAGUACAAGGAUACGUUUAUGUUUAUAUGAAAAUGAAGAGGAUUGUGUGGGUGAAUUGGAACAGGUACGAUUAUGUGAACCAAAUAUAACUUUUACACAAAAUGCAUCUAUUUCAGAAAUAACAUGGAAGGAUUUUACACAAUGGAGUGAAAACGUAAUGUUAUACACUUUGGUUUAUGUGGGAUUCGUAGCUAUAUUAUUGAAAUUCCUAAAUUUGUAUAAGCACCAUUGUCCAGAUUUAAACAAGACGUUAUGAUAUAUCUCAAGUGUAUUUUUUACUGUAUUAAUCAAAAUGUCAAAUCUAUUAAUCAUAAAAAUACAGUAAAUCAAUGGGUUACAGGUUAAAAGUGCUCAAAUAAAUAAAAGAUUUAAUCCAUUCUAACCAUCAGCUUAUUCGCAGAGACAUAAUUAUUAAC